UGGGAAGUCGAGUUUAAGACUCGUGGCCAAUAGUAAAUAUAUCCAGUACUUUGUGCUCUAACUUUUUUAUUCCAGCCAGGACCUCGAGCCAUCGAGGCAUGCACCUUACGCUUCUUUGGCGCUGAGCGCUGGGAAUCAUGCUCGCGAAGUGUGAAACCAUCGGAGAUGCGGUGAAGUCUCUUGUUGCCGGUUUCUGGAUCACUGUAAGCGUCUGUUCCGUGGGUGUUCGCGGCCAGGAGGGUAAUGGCUGUGGACACACACUGCUGGGAACGGAGUCGGGCACCUUAGCCUCCCCCAACUACCCGGGCACCUACCCGAGCAACACCUGGUGCAGGUGGAGGCUCCGCGUGCCAGAGGGACGGACGCUGCGGCUGCUGUUUGGGGAUUUUGACGUGGAGAGCAGCCCGGGCUGCGCCAACGGAUCUCUAGUGAUCACAGACAAGAGCGGAGCGCCCGGCCUGGGUCCAGUGUGCGGGAAGCUCGACGCGGCGCAGAAGAACGUCACGCUCCGAGGCGGCGAAGUGACCGUAACUUUCACGUCGGGCCCGCACCGUUCUGGACGAGGGUUUCUGCUGUCCUACGCGUCAGACAAGCAUCCAGAUCUCAUUUCUUGUUUACAGCGAGGAUCUCAUUUUAGCUCGCAGCACUUGAGCGUGUACUGCCCCGCCGGAUGCAAGAGCGUCGCAGGGGACGUUUGGGGGAACUCUGACCAGGGCUACAGAGAUACCUCAGUUCUGUGCAAGUCCGCAGUCCACGCCGGGUCGAUAUCGGACAGUCUGGGAGGCCGCGUCACUGUGAAUCGCGAGAGAAGCCUUACACUUUACGAAUCCGCCUUCGCCAAUGGAAUCCUUUCUAAAAUGGGAUCGCUGUCGGAAAAGAAGCUGCUUUUCAGCCAAGAAUGUAACAACGUCUUGGCCGUCUCCGGUUUAAACGCCUCAUCUUUCACGAAUGAAGACGGUCAAGAGCACGGCAUGUACUGGUCCUCCGUAAACAUGGAUCGCAGCCACGAGUCCCUGCUGUGGACGGCAGACGGCAACGAUCCGAGCCCCUGGGUGGAGAUGGAGCUCAGUGAUAGAAGCACUAUUACAGGAAUAAUAACAACGGGAUCAGCUGAGUACUACAUAGAAACCUACAGUCUUCUAUUCAGCAAAGACAGAAAGAACUGGAAGCCGUACAAAGGAGCGCUGAGCAAAGAAAGAAAGGUGUUCCUCGCGUACAACGACGGACACCCCAGGGUGCUCAACAGCUUGUUUCCUCCCGUCGUGGCCCGAUUCGUUCGACUGCAGCCCCUGAGCUGGCAAGGAAGAGCUUCAGCCCGGGUCCAGGUGCUGGGCUGUCCCGUCGCGAAGGCCUCGCCGAGGGCGCCCCCACCCGCAGCAGAGAGCCCGCCCGCCAAAGGUGACGCGAGCACGCCGCGGCCGAGCCCUUCUCCCGCCCCCACAGGCGCCCCGGUGGUGGUGGAAACGACGCUGAGCUCCGGCCAGCCAGUCAUCGUGGCAGUGGGAGUGGUCUUGGGACUGAUAAUGUGCGGAACAUGUUUGUUGGCUGGACUGUGGUGGAAGCGGAGGAAAAAAGAUUCAGAAAUGAAGUACUCCUUACCCACAAGUUGCCAGAGUUUCAAGGCAAAGAGUCUCCCUUGCUCACAGUCGGAGCUUAUCUCCUACCCGCUGGAGCGAAAUGUCCAUGACGCUCUACCUAGCCCCCCUCUCAACGACUAUGCUGAGCCUGCUGUUACGGCCGUUGGACAGAAGGUUGGGUCGACAUUUAGACCUUCUUCAGAUGAGGGCUACACCACCCCCUUCGCCUGCAACCAUUACGACACUCCCGGCAAUCUCCCAGAGUACGCCGAGCCGCUUCCUCCGGAGCCAGAGUACGCCACUCCGUUCAGCGAGCUGCCUUCCGAACCAACUCUGACGGGGACCGUUCACAGUAACGCACACGGACCCCGUUUCCCAGCACCCGCCGCUGGUGUCAGGACAACACCGAGCCACAGUCAGUACGACUGCCCCUCGCACAGGAUGCUAUUCAAUGGCUACUGCACUCCCGCUCUACACGCCAACGGCCCGCGACCAGUCAGCACGGUCUACGCGGAGCCCAAGCCAUGUGACCCUUUACUACGGAAGCACACGUACGAGGAGCCUUUGUGAAUGCAACAAGUACAGACAUGUAGGAAUACGGGCUCAUGUGCCGGGAUAAGAGGAGCGCUAGGACUGGUCUCGAGUGGACAGUGCUGUCCAGGAUGCACCGACGCCGACUUCCCAGUGAGCGGCGGUACCCAAGGUUCAGGAGUCCUGACCACUGUGGAUAGAUGAGGGCGAGGGUACACUGCUCAGAGCACACAAUGAUCCGAGAGCCAUACAGACAUAAAUAUUUUCUUCCAGGAAGUAUUUUUAUUUUUUUUUUUUUAACUUGUGAUGCACAAAGUAAUUACAACUCAGAGAUACUGUUUAUUGAUGUUUAAUCACAAAAUGCACUUUCUGAAAACACAGAAAUGUAUACUUGUUAAAUGUAUUUAACAGGUUGAAGCAUAAAAACGGACUGUAUAUGUCGUUGUCCUCACAUAAUAUUGUAUUUGUGUGUAAUUUCAACACUUUUUGUAACAAAAAGAAAACAUUUAAGAAGCACUAUAAAUGGUACGCUGUA